UGAUGAUGAUUUAUCAAUCUUCACAUCAACGGUGGUGAGUGUCCCGUCACUGAACAAAACAAAAAUGUGGCUGUGGCUGUUGCUGUUGCUGUUUCAGUUGAAUGUUACUAUUUCAAACACUCUUCCCUCACUCACUCCAAGCCUCACAUUCCUUUUAUUUUUUUUUAAUUUUCUUUCUCCAAACGCUUGAAUAAUUAUUACAAUUACAAUACUAAUAACCACAACGUAACAUGGCAUCCACUCUCUCCCUCCGGCCCGACCGACUCUCGCCCGGUUCAUCCUUCCUCAGACCGCCGGUUCGCCCUCCCCUGCACAAACCAAUCGCGGCCGAGCAGUGGCGCGCCGCGCCGCCCCGGAUACAGUGCCGCCGCAGGACGGUGGCGCCGGUCCAUGCCGGCUCUCGCGCCGAUGACUCCGCGCCGUUCGAGAUGUCUGUGGAGAACGCGCUGAAGCUGCUGGGCGUGUCGGAGGGCGCGUCCUUCGAUGACAUACUCCGCGCCAAAAACGCCAUCCUCGCUAAUUGCAAAGAUGACCAAGAUGCCGUUGCUCAGGUUGAGGCUGCAUAUGACAUGUUGCUUAUGCAGAGCCUAACUCAGCGGAGGGCAGGGAAAGUAGCAAACAGUAAUGUUCGUUAUGCUGAUGUCAAGCGUGUGAAACCCCCAACAGCGGGAUCAAUGCCGCAAUGGUUGAAGAAUUCACCUGUGUCAGUUGAGUCACCUUCCACCAGUGAUCUCGGUUUACAAGCUGGAGUGUAUGGUGCAUUAAUGGGUUUAACCUAUCUUAAUGGGGCUUCUACACCCGUUGCAGCUUAUGCCGGGGCUGAUGUUCCUGGACUACUCUUGGCUGGUAGCUUUGGUGCUUCCCUGUACUUUAUGACCAAAAAGAAUGUUAAGUUAGGGAAGGCCACUGUCAUAACCAUAGGCGGGCUCGUAGCUGGCGCUGUUGUAGGGUCAGCGGUAGAGAACUGGUUGCAGGUAGAUAUUGUCCCAUUCCUGGGUAUACACUCCCCUGCUGCUGUUGUUAGUGAAAUCAUUAUUAUAUCUCAAUUCUUGGUUUCUCUGUACCUAAGGUAAACACGAAAGCAUGGUGAUCUUGCAUUAAAUUGUGAAACUUGUAAUUAUUCAUUUGCAUGCAGCAUGUUCAUACCCUAAGGUAGACAGGCAAGGCUACUGUUAUUUCUUAUAACCAUAGGACUCAUAGCUGGCCCCCUGUGGUUGUGUCAGCUGGAGAGAACUGUUAUACCGUUUCUGGGCAUACGCUCCCUGCUGCUGUUGUUAGUAAAAUCAUAACUAUCUCAUAUCUUGUUUUAUCUGUACCUAAGGUAGACAGGAAAAUAUGGUGAUCUUAUUUGAAAUUGUGAACUUGUAACUAUUCAUUUGCAUGCAGCGUGAUCAUACCCAAGCUAUUUUACAGGAUGUGAAAUCAUUGCAUAUUUGUACAAAACUGUGAAUAGAAUGUAGUCCCUCAUCUGCAAAUGCGUGAAACUUACAUUGGAAAGGUGCAUAUUUAUGUUCACAGUUGGUGAGCAAAUGAGCAUUUUGCAAUCCCAGUAGUCCGUCUUGCUUUGUUUAAUAAAUAGUCCUAGAAAAAAACACUUGGGUGUUCGGUUUCCUUUUUAGUCCUUUAAAGGUGUUUAUAACACUUCAUUUUCUUACUGGUUUCCGAAUGUGAAACACUAUGUCUGUUUAUAUCUGUGUACAUCUUUAUGUGUUAUGGGUCCUCUCAUGAUGGGUUCUGUUGCUCUGCUUAGCAUUUUUAUGAUGUAUAUCAAACCAUGCUGUUUCUUUCAACGUGCUGCAUUUUGGCGUUUUGUAUCAAAGCUUUAUGAUAAUGCCUCUGUCUUGUGUUUUUCCGGUGGGUCAUAAGUGCUGGCCUCGUACAUCUCUCACGUACAGACUGCACCCUCACCCUUUUCAGCACGCGACCACAAGUCGUGUUUAGAUAAAAAUAAAUAAACUAGAAUAAUGACAACACAAAGGCACGAAAAUUAUCUUAUUUCUUCAAAUGUUAGGCUAGUUUAUAGUCACACAAACAAUAGCAAAAGUUUGCGUGGUUUUAAGUCUUCUUUUGCAAUGUCAAAAUUUGAGUCUGGGAAACUUUGUAAAUAAAUGCAACCUCGCCGAUCCAAUCAAGUUUCCAUUAGUUUCUUGGGAAAAGCCUAC